AUGCCUUCCGAAGGAGAUACGUUUCUUCCCAGAAUACAAAGCGUGUUCUACGCCGUAUUCGAUUUACAGAAGGGACCAAAAAUUGUGUAUCAGGUUCCAGAAGGUCUCAUCGCAGGAUCGACAGCAAAUCAAAACUCCAAUCAUUCGGUCACUUCUUCCCCAUCUCCAUCAAUACCUGCCGUUUUAGAACCGGAUGUAACGCCUUCUCGAGGGUCGAGUUCGUCUGUUAAUUCCCAUGGAGGUCGACGUGCGAGUUCUCUCAACGUCCCUUCACCACAUCAGCGCUCUGCUUCCUCCAGUCGCGUUCUGUUCAAUUUUGAUGACAUCUCAAAGUAUGUGAUACCUCCUGGAGAGCUUUGCGGGCGACUGGUUAUCUGCGCUACGCGGAGAUACCGUAUCAUUGGCUUUCCUGUAUUGCUUCCAGGUAAUUACAAGCGGAACUACUUCCAGUACAACGUCUGCUUUGUCUUCGAGCGGUCAGCGGAUUUAAGUUGCUAUGAACCAAUAGUUCGCAAGGUCAGCCGUGUACUGACGGCUUGCGAGGAAGAAUCCUUUUUUCUUUCCUCUUCACAAUCAUCGCCAGCUAUGCAUGCCAUCCUUGAGCAGCUAUACGAGGAUUUGAACUCUUAUUCUGAAACAUCGAUACCGAUCGAUGCCUUCAACUCGAUAGAGCUGAAGAUCUUCCCCUUUUAUCCCAAUCCACCACCAGUAAAAGAUUGGCAGGUGCCUCUGGCCCUUAUCAACUUGCCCAAGCGCAUAGAAGACAACUGGGAUCUAACAAUGAGCAAGGUGUGCAGAUAUAUUGAUGGUGUGAACCACGUUAGUCGAAUUGCACACCUGGCCGACUGUGAUCUUGAGCUGACCCGCCAAGCAAUAUCUCACUUACUUUAUUAUCAAGUCAUCAUGACUGUCGACAUCUUCCAAUACUCCAACAUGUACACUCUUCGUAAGAAUGUACAAUGGCUUGCAGACGAGUCCCAUGUCAAGGACGAAUGUGGACCAUACGUCACGAAGCCCGGAAGGGCCGUGCCGGAUUGGCCGAAACUUCUGCAUUUAUAUUCGCGACUUAAGUCGGGAAAAACAGUGCUGGAUUGGAUGGAGACCUACAAUGUCCAUGAACUUGGUAUUGACGUUCGACGAUUCACAAGUUUCGGGGUGAUCAAGGGGUUUUUACAACGGGUACAUCGUUGGCCAAUUCUACUUCCUGCAGAUGUACAGUCGCCAACCCGCAGAAGAAGGCAAAGCCUCUCUUCCUCCGUGUUGAACGCGAGCCCCACAAGUCCUUCGGCUACAAUUGGGGAGAUUUCUCGAUUUAAUGGCCGACCUGAUGCGUCUUCUGGGGUUGCGCCUGUGGGUGCCGAACAGGUGCUCGGUUCCCCCAUAAACCAGAUGGAAGCCACACGAGCCCAUCACAGAACGAGCGCAGCAGAAAAGGUUCUCGAGCAGCUACGCUCCAAAACACUCCCACGAGCUGGACCCAACCCUACCUUGCGGCAACCUCCUCUUUCCCCAGAGGGUCACGAGCGCAAUCACGAGCGCCGUAGCCGUGUCCUGUCUGAUACACGAAGGCAUUCAGUAUUUCAACAGCCUGCAAGUUAUACGGCGCCAUCAUCUAAUGUUGCCGGGAGCCAAACCAUUGCGCAUCGCAAUUCAUCGGAAUUGCAGAACGCGUUUUCGGCAAGGCCACGACCAUCACGGUCUCCUUCAACUUCAACUUCUCACAUUCAUGUCCUGAAUUCACAGGGCUCUUCGAGUGUAAUGAAUAUUCCUCCACCCCCUGAAUUGUUGCCGCUUCUCGACGGAGAUCAUCACACGGACGAACUUGGUACGCACUUCGAGGUCGGAUGGCCUCAGCUACAACAAUGGCUAGUGACUAUCGGAGGUGGAAAAGGCGAUGAAGAUUUCGGGAGAGUGUCCAUUAUUUAUCGUUGA